AUGGCGGACUCCGAAGUCGAAACUAAACAGCGCAAGUCUGUCGCAUUCAGCGAAGGAUCGGUCAUUAUGGAUACCAACGGCCAAGUCACAGAUGCUCCUCCGGCUGAGCAGCCUGCAGGCGGGUCUCUCAAAAAGAAGAAGUCCUCCAAGAAGUCCAAGACCGAGGGUGACGACGAGGAGGCCCCCGCCGUCGAUGGCGAGUUCGAUCCGACCGCGCUGAAGAGGAAGAAGAAGAGCAGCAGCAAGUCCAAGAAGGCCGACGCCAGCGACUUCGACGCCAAGCUCGCCGAGGCCGGUAUUGCUGAGGAUGCUGGCGAGGAACAGCCCGAGGAAUUGCCCGAGGGCGACCUCGAGGCCGGCACCGGUAUCUGGGCCCACGACGCCACACAAGCCAUCCCCUACUCGCUCCUUGUCAACCGUUUCUUCUCCCUCAUCGAGAGCCACCACCCCGACCUCCUGUCCAGCGGAGCCAAGUCCUACAAGAUCCCUCCGCCCCAGUGUCUGCGUGAGGGUAACCGUCGUACCAUUUUCGCCAACAUUGCUGAUAUCUGCAAGCGCAUGAAGCGAAGCGAGGAACACUGCACUCAAUUCCUGUUCGCCGAAUUGGGUACGUCAGGCAGUGUCGACGGUUCCCGUCGCCUGGUCAUCAAGGGUCGUUUCCAACAGAAGGGUAUCGAGUCGGUUCUGCGUCGCUAUAUUGUCGAGUACGUCACAUGCAAGACCUGCCGCAGCCCCGACACCGAGCUCAACAAGGGAGAGAACCGUCUCUAUUUCGUUACUUGCAACUCUUGCGGUUCUCGUCGUUCCGUCGCCGCCAUCAAGACCGGUUUCCGUUCCCAGAUCGGCCGCAGAAAGCGUGUCGGCUAA